AUGGAUCUGGAACAAAUCCAUCAAGAAGCGCGACAAGCGGCCCUGAAUGAAGUAAAGAACAUGUUUCAGCGGUCAAACCAGAUGGAGAAAGUGGACCAGUAUCGGCGUCGCAUAUAUCGCAAAAACCUUUCGAUGGACGCACAGCUGAAGACGUGCAUGCAAAACCAAACCGACGAUGUGAAGAUUGGCGUGAAGAAACUGCAGACCGCACUGGAUCAAAUUCAAGAGAUUGGCGACCGAAUGAAGAGUGCCUUUGCGAUGCUCGUCGAUGUACCGACCGUGUACGACACGCUGGAAAGUGUCCGGGAUGAGAAUGCAAAACAUUCGCAGUAUAUGACGGCGAUGGAGAACUUGAAGCAUAUCUUCACCGUUCAGUCCAGCGUCGAUAAGGCAAUGCAGUGGAUCGAGGAGGACAAACUGUUGCACGCCCAUCAGUGUUUAUCGGAUUUGGAAAAUUCUCGUGACGAUUUGCUUUACGAGCUUCACAAACUACCAAAACAGAACGCACACGAUAAGAUCACACUGAAACGAUACUUCGAGAAGGUGGAAACGGUGUCGGUGACGCUGGAGAAGAAAAUAAGGUUGGUGCUGCAACGGACACUGAACACGGUGCGCAAAGAACCGACCGUUAUUGUGACGGCGUUGCGUAUCAUCGAACGUGAGGAAAAAGCCGAUGCAUUUGCAUUGCAGCAGCAGAAAAAUACAGGCUUUAUUGCCCCAGGACGUCCGAAGCGUUGGCGCCAGAAGGCACUAGACGUGCUGAACGAUGCCGUUGUUCAGCGUAUCGAAGGUUCGAAGCUGGAGGAGCGAUCGGAUAACAAGAUGUGGUUGGUACGAGACCUCGAACUCACCAGACAGUUUCUAUUGGAGGACUUGCGUGUUGUUAAAUCGUUAUGUGUGCCUUGCUUUCCACCGCAUUUCAACAUCCUGAACGAGUAUGUGAAGAUGUAUCACAAUGCAAUGUCGAAAUACCUUGAAGAACUUAUACAAACUGGCCUGGAAGGGAAUGAAUAUGUUACGAUACUGUCAUGGAUCAUGAACACAUAUCCCGGUCGAGAGCUGAUGCAACAUCCGGAACUGAUGAUCGAUUUGUCGAACGUAGGUCCACUGGUUAGUAAGCAGCGUUUGCACGAAAUGGAAACCGCCUACCUAAGAACAAUGGAGCGUAACUAUCAGGAGUGGAUGACGAAAACACUCGAGACAGAAAAAGCAGACUGGAUCAACGGGGUCGAGAUGGAAUCGACCGAUCAAUACUAUCAUACAUCAGCGCCCAUGAUCAUCUACCAGAUGAUUGAUCAAAAUCUACAGGUCACCAAUACAACCCACUCGGACCUAACGUUUAAUGCGCUAAUUCUAAGCAUCCAGCAGAUGACCAAGUACGGCCAUAUCUACCGCACUGCGGUAAUCGAGUACAAGGAACGUCAUUUCCGCGAUCGUAGCCAGGCCCCGUUCUUCACGCAACACAUCAUCACGAUCGUGAACAAUUGUCAACAAAUGAUUGAAAUUGCACAGCAGUUGAAACAACUUUACUGGCCCAAAUCGAAAACGCAGCACUACGAGGAAUUUGAAAAGCUGGUCAAGACGUACCAAACGCUGCGCGACGAAACGGGAUUGGUACUGCUGGAGGAAGCGUUCCUGGAUCUGGAAGGUCACUUCAACGAACUGUUCACCGCCAAGUGGACCACAUCGUCGGUGUCGGUAGAUACCAUUUGCGUUACGCUAGAGGACUAUUUUCAGGACUACAAUCAUCUCCGAACGGCCAACUUUGAGUACGUUAUCGGCGAGGCACAGAAAAUGGUGGCAAAGCGUUACAUCAAAGCGAUGCUUUCGAAGCGGUUGAACAAAAAUCGGGCCGAAUGUGAGGUGCUUGCGAAAAAAAUCGCGAAGGAAGCAAAGCAGAUCAAAAUGUUUUUCGAAAAGGUGGCACCAAACGUUGCCAAAAGCGAUUCGCCGAUCGACGUGAUUUCCAAUUUGGCGGGUUUGCUGAACUGUGACGCAGAGAUGCUGGUGCUCGAUUUGCACUCUGUACUUUCAUCGUAUCCUUCCAUUACCGAGGAUCAUCUCGUUCGGUUGUUUUACUUGCGGAAUGAUUUUAAAAGCAGCGAACUAAAGGAAAAGGUGCAGGAUGCGUUGGCGUCGAGAAAAUCUACCAUCAGCCAUGAUAAGCAAGAUGCAAUAUUUAAAGAAAUUGUCUUUUCUGACAAGCUUUGGUAA